AUGCUGCGCUCUUCAAUUGCUCCGGGUCGGCAGCUGCUGUCGUCUCCUGCUCGCCAACGGAUCCCGUCGCAAUGGCUGUCUAAAGCCGGUGCUAGCAGCCGGCUCCCGGCUCAGCGUUUCUUCGCUGAUUCUAAGCUGCCAACCACCGAUGCUCCAACUCCCGCUACUCCUUCCUCUCAAUCGGUCGUUCCUCCACAAAUUCCGACCAAGCCCACGGAGCAAGAAGCUGAAGUUCCCCCAGCUGCGCCUCGCAAGACUGGUCGUUUCCGCCGAUUCCUGCUCUAUUUGAUCCUGACCUCCGGUAUCGCUUAUGGCGGCGGCGUUUUUAUGGCUCUGAAGUCUGACAACUUCCACGAUUUCUUCACCGAGUACGUCCCUUACGGCGAGGAAUGUGUUUUGUACUUCGAGGAGCGCGACUUCUAUCGCCGAUUCCCUAAUGCUUCGAGACACUCGAACCGCAUCCAAGUUGCUCCUCGCGAGGAGGGCAAGGCGGUCACAAUCCCCAGCAACAGCGGUCUCUCUUGGAAGGUCGCUAAGGAGGAGCCCGCAAGUGAUGUUUCCAAGAGUGGUCCUUACAACAGUGCUAAGGUUCACGACGCUCAGACGAAGACCGAGGCGGCCAAGCCCGAGGAUCGCAACGCCGCUGUCCUGGAGGCCAAGGAAGACAAGUCGGCCAAGUCGGCUAAGAAGGAGGAGAAGCCCGCCCCCAAGGAGGAGGAGAAGAAGCCCGUCUCUCUCGAUGCGCCUCGCGAGCCCGCAGUUGCUGCCAGCACCAUUGAGUUGCUCCAGACCAAGGAGGGCGACGAGCCCGUUGUGCAGCAGCUGGUUAAGACCUUCAACGACAUUGUCACCGUGAUUAGCGCCGAUGAGAACUCUAGCAAGUACUCUGCUCCUGUCGCAAAGGCCAAGGAGGAGCUUCUGAAGAUUGGCGAGACCAUUGCGGCAUUGAGGGAUGAGGCCAAGCAGGCUGCCCAAGAAGAGAUCAACAAGGCACACGCUACGUUCGACGAGUCUGCCCGCGAGUUGAUUCGUCGUUUCGAGGACAUGCGCGCUGCUGAGGUUGCCCAGUUCCGUGAGGAGUUUGAGGCUGAGCGUGAGAAGCUUGCCCUUGCUUAUCAGGACAAGAUCAAGGUUGAGCUUCAGCGUGCCCAGGACCUUGCAGAGCAGCGCUUGAAGAACGAGCUUGUGGAACAGGCCAUCGAGCUGAACCGGAAAUAUAUCCACGAGGUCAAGGAUCUGGUUGAGCGUGAGCGCGAGGGCCGUCUCAGCAAGCUGAACGAGCUUACCGCUAACAUCUCCGAGCUCGAAAGCCUGACUACUGGCUGGAGCAACGUCAUUGACACCAACCUCAAGACCCAGCAGCUUCAGGUCGCCGUCGACGCUGUGCGCUCCGUUGUUGAGCGUUCGGAGUCCUCUCGUCCUUUCGUCCGUGAGCUCGUUGCCGUCAAGGAGCUGGCCGCUGACGACCCCGUUGUUGAGGCUGCUAUCGCUUCCAUCAACCCCACUGCUUACCAGCGCGGUAUCCCCUCCCCCACUCAGAUCAUUGAGCGCUUCCGUCGUGUCGCGGGUGAGGUCCGCAAGGCCAGUCUUCUGCCCGAGGAUGCUGGUAUUGCCAGCCACGCUGCUAGCCUGGUUUUGAGCAAGGUCAUGUUCAAGAAGGAUGGUCUUGCUGACGGAGAUGACGUUGAGAGCAUUCUCCUCCGUACUGAGAACUUGCUCGAGGAGGGCAACCUUGAUGCAGCUGCCCGUGAGAUGAACACCCUCCAGGGUUGGGCCAAGAUCCUGAGCAAGGAUUGGCUGGGCGAUGUCCGCCGGGUUCUUGAGGUUAAGCAGGCUCUCGAGGUUAUCGAGACCGAGGCUCGCCUCCAGUGCUUGCGGGUGGAGUAA